AUGAAAAUAAUUUUGUGCUUAGCUGGUUUGGUGGCAGUGGUUUUCGAUCUAUCAAAUGCGGAACCUGAACCAGCGACUCCGGAAGUCCGGAAGACUAGGCAUCCAUCUAGUGCACCCACCAGCUACAAUUCAAUAGUUGGAACCGAUAGUGAAACAUUAAGUAAGCUGCAAAAUCAAGUGGCUCCGUCGGUUCAAAUUCCUUUGAAGCCAAUCGGAUCGCCAAUCAAGAGUUCCGAAUCAGCAAUAACGUACGGUGGAACAUCAAAUCAACCAUCUAGUCCAUUUAUAGCGACUUCCGCAGGUCAGAAUUUCGCCGGACAAUACUAUGUUGCAAUGACACCUCAGGGAACAGGAAAUCAAAUGCUGGCACCAGCGACUACCCCACUGAUUAUGCAAUACAUAAAUCCACAGGGUCAACCUACCGGUGGACUUCAGUACAUCCAACUUCUGCGUCCCGUCCUGUAUCCUUACAACAAUCAGUACGUGCAACCGUCCUACGUGCAACAACAUCAGCAAUCGGCGGCAGCCGUUAUCAACCAGCACCCGCACCUGCACCACCCACAGCUUUCGCCUUCUCAUUAUUCCACGGUCCCUUCACCGACUUCCCCACCAAUCACUCCGCCCACCACGCAGUCCAACUUCGUUCCCUUCCAGCCAUCUUCGCUGCAGCAAUACGCCGCCGCAACCACCGCUAGCCAUCACCACCUGCCGGCUCCGUUGUCCUACAGCAAUCCCGUUGGACAGUACUCCAGCCCAGUGGUAUCCUACUAUCCGCCCAGGAUUUCUCUUAUCAAUUCGCCUGGAGAUAUAAAUCUUAAUACGAAUGAAUACAUGCCUUCACCAGGAGACCACGUCUUCAUCAAGGGCGUCAAAGCUAUCCGGGCAUAG